AUGAACUUCCAGGUGACAGGCCUGGCCCUGGACAAAAUGAAGCUGGACAGUCCCCAUUCCUUCCUGGACUCAGAGGAGGUGGAGGAAGCAGAGGACCAGCAGCUGCUGGAGCCGGAGGCUUGGAGGACCUAUAUGGAGCGCCGCAAUGUGCUGCGUGAGUUUCUGACCACAGACCUGAGCCCCCAGUUGCUCAAGCGCCACCAUGCCCGCAUGCAACUACUCAAGAAGUGUUCCUACUACAUUGAGAUCCUCCCUAAGCAUCUGGCCCUGGGUGACCAGAACCCACUGGUGCUGCCUAACACCAUGUUCCAGCUCAUUGACCCCUGGAAGUUUCAGCGCAUGAAGAAGGUGGGCACAGCACAGACCAAGAUCCAGCUCCUGCUGCUCGGGGACCUGUUGGAACAGCUGGACCAUGGCCGAGCGGCACUGGACGCCCUGCUUGAGGCCCCUGACCCACGGCCCUUCCUGACUGGCUGGGGGCUUGUGGAGCAGCAGUUGGCGGAUUUGUCGGUGGUGAUGGACAACUUCCUGGCCAUGAUGGUACCAGGGCACCUGCAUGUCAAGCACCGCUUGGUAUCUGACAUUGGCGCCACCAAAAUCCCACACAUCCGGCUUAUGUUGAGCACUAAGAUGCCAGUUAUGUUCGACCGGAAGGAGUCAGUGGCCCAUCAGGACUGGGUCAGCCUCCGCUGGUUUGUCACCAUCCAACCAGCGGCACCAGAACAGUAUGAGCUGCGCUUCAAACUGCUGGAGCCGCGGACACAACAGGAGUGUACACAGUGUGGCAUAGUCCCCGUGGCUGCCUGUACUUUUGAUGUUCACAACCUGUUGCCCAACCGUACCUACAAGUUCACUAUCAAGAGAGCAGAAAGCUACACCCUGGUGUAUGAGCCCUGGCGGGACAGCCUCACCUUGCAGACCACACCAGGACCCCCUGAAGGGCCUGCCCCCAGUCGGCUGGGCAAGUCCAGCCUGCCCCUGACCACACCUUCUGAGAGAUGA